GAAGGGUGUAGAGGACAGCCGGCCCAUCCGCCGCAGGCACCAUGUUGUCCACAGAGAGCGCACAGACUCUGCAAGCUCCAGCUCCAUUUACUUCACUGCCAGCCAGGGCUUGACCAGCAGCUGGGACAACACCACUGAAGGAGGGUACUCCACAGCCUGCGCCGAGUCCAACUUCACAGAUCGGGACACAGACAGAGAGGAGCGGGGGCAGGAGUCUGAUGACGAGGAGGAGGAGGAGGAAGAAGACAGGAGCUGUGCCACAGUCCUCACCAUCCGUCAAGAAGAAUCCCCAGAUGAGGACGACGAGGAGGAGGAGGAGAAGGAGGGAAGGCUGCAGCUGGUGACUGAGGCUCCUAAUGGAGAGCUCACUCUCCUCCUGGCUCAGAGUGACAUUCUUCACACAGGAGAUGCCAGUUUAAAAGCAGAGGGCUUUAGGCUGCUGCUGGAGACCAGAGCAGAGGUGAGGAACUGGACUCUGCUGGAGCCCAGACUGCCCCUGUGGGAAUCCCUUCUCACACAAAUACAUUGA